AUGUCUUUCCGGUUCCACCGUUCUAUCCCAAAUUUGUCCAUAUUCCAUAAUGUGCGAUCUCCCCACUCUGAACGUAUUCUGCACUUGCUUCGCUCCUCGCUAUCCAGUCCAUACCUUCCCAGAGCAGCAGCGGCAGCCCGAUUGGAGGCGGAACAAUCGGGAAUAUCGACUACCCCAAAGCUACCUAAACGCCCACUCGAGUUCAAUCUUGACAUAUCGACCACACCUCCAACGCCCGACCAAUAUACUACUAUGCUGGACUACCUCCGUGCACAGCCCAUUUCUGCUUCACUUUCAGCACCUCCUACGAUCUCUCGAUUCUUGGUGAAGAAUUCCGAAUCAGUUGGGGGCGUGGAAGAGUUGUCGGCGUUGGCGAGUAAAAAGCCGGAGAGUGUUAGGUGGCCGGUGGUUGUUCAUUGGGACGAUGGGUUGGUGGCCAUUGAGAAAGAGGAGGAUGUGCAUCAUAUCCUGGAGGUUAUAUACGAGACCGCGAAUGGUGGCAAGGGCCAACAGCAAGACUGGCUCACAUAA